AUGGAGAACGGAACUCGUGUUGGCGUUGGUUAUGAAUGGCCGUAUCGAAAAGCAUUUUUUAUUUUCAACAUUCUUGCCGGGUUCCUCUUCGUUAUCCUGCAUACUCAAAUGAUUUUGGUUAUAAUGCGUUCACAUUCUCUUCGAAAAUUAGCCGGGUAUCAUUUUAUGGUGCAUAGUUCAGUUGUUGAUCUUAUUAAUAGUAUUACUCAAAUAGUAGCACAAUUAUGCACAUUGGAAAGUUAUGAGAUGAAUCCUAUACUUAACGAGGUAAAUGGUGCUAUCUUCCAAGGUACAUGGGCUGCAGAUUACCCCAUGAUCCUCUUCGUCGCUAUUAAUCGGCUGGUAGCAGUAGUUCUACCUUUCAAGGUUGCAACAUUUUUUGGAGAAAGUUGGACAAAGUUUUACAUCUCUAUCUGCAUUGUAUUCGGUGUUCUAAACACAGCUGCUUGUUUAUCUGGAGAUAUGGCAUGCAUAUGGACAGCUAGCAUUCCUUCAUUUCAAUUCAUUGCCAAAAUCAAGAACUCCGCAUUAUCCACAAUUGUCAAUUUCGUGGAUUUUUGGUUUGCAGAGUUUGUCAUUUUAUGCAGUACAGCUUGUUACGUAAUCAUCUUCGUUUAUCUGCUGCGAAAGCGACGACUAAUUGCUUCAUCUCGCCACGAAUUUCCUCUGCUAUUCCAUUCUUGUUGUAUAUUCGGAGUCACUGGCAUCUCUUUGUAUCUAUGGCAUCGUCCAGCAUCUGAUAGUGAUCUGUAUCAUCAAGUGCUACAAACAGCAAUUGUGAUUCGGUUUGGAAUGCCUCCUCUUGCCGCUUUAUUAGUGAAUGAAUCGAUCCGUUGUCGGUUCUUCCACAUGAAAGAAGUGAGCGGGAGAUGUCAUACAUUAACAAUAUCAGGGCGAGAUUCCGGAGUCAGAAAAGGAACAGACAGAUUUGUCGUCAGCGUACUAGCCAUAGCAAGUUCACUAUUCACCAAAGGCCAAGAAAGCGAACGAGUGUGA